AGGUCAAAUAUUUGCCUUUGAAUGUGGACUUCCAAAUACACCGGAGCCUCUCACCAGCGACGUCGUAUUAUUGCCGCCCAAGUUCCCUCACGGAGCUACCAAAUUUUGGUCCAACGGUAAAAACUUUGCAGAGAAAUAUUAAGAAAAAGAUUCGUCGGAGCAAUCUGUAAUCUAUACCUCCAUCAUCUUGACAGGACAAAACCUAUAUUUGAAUUAAUAGGAUUGCUCCAUUGAUCGCUUCAGGUGGAAUGAGACCCCGUUUUCUGUUAAAACAAUCCUUUUCUUAGGAAUGUUCUUUUCCCUUUGGCGGUUGAGUCAGCUUUAGUGUUGAUUUAUGAAGUGGGCUGCCAAUGUAUUUGGAAAUUCCGGAUUUCGUGCUGUCUGAUGGGGAAAAUGGGGAUUGCACUGCAAUAUUGUAAAAAGCAGUAGUACCAUCAGGAUAGAGUUCAUGAUUAUGUAUAUUUGCAAGACGGUAGGAUGGAAAAGAAAGAACUCGAUGAGCAUGAUGAAGUUCCUAUUGUGGUCCCUAAAGUUGAUAAAUUUGGAUUUUUGAAGCAGGAAACUAACUCCCCUGAGGGUUUAAAAAGGAGCAAAUCAGCCAUCGAGUUUGAGAGGGAAGAAAGAAGAAUUAGAAAAUGGAGAAAGAUGGUAGGUGUUGGAGGAAGUGAUUGGAAUCAUUAUGUUUGGAGAAAACCUCAUGUUGUUAAAAGGAGAAUAAGAAAAGGAAUUCCUGAUUGUCUAAGAGGACUUGUUUGGCAGUUAAUCUCCGGGAGUCGGGAACUUUUGCUCAUGAAUCCAGGGGUUUAUGAGCAACUAGUGGUAUAUGAGACGUCAGCUUCCGAGAUAGAUAUAAUUCGGGACAUUUCUCGUACAUUUCCUUCUCAUAUUUUCUUCCAACAGCGACAUGGUCCGGGCCAAAGAUCCCUUUAUAAUGUUCUCAAAGCAUACUCUGUAUAUGACAGAGAAGUAGGAUAUGUGCAGGGCAUGGGAUUUGUGGCGGGUCUAUUGCUUCUUUAUAUGAGUGAAGAAGAUGCAUUUUGGUUAUUAGUUGCACUGUUGAAAGGAGCUGUCCAUGCUCCAAUGGAAGGACUGUAUAUGGUCGGAUUGCCUCUUGUACAGCAAUAUCUAUUUCAGCUAGACCAAUUGGUGAAAGAGCACUUACCCAAGUUGGGGGAGCAUUUUGCUAAAGAAAUGAUAAAUCCUAGCAUGUAUGCAAGCCAGUGGUUCAUAACGGUUUUUUCAUACUCGUUUCCAUUCCAUUUAGCUCUUAGGAUUUGGGAUGUCUUUCUAUUUGAGGGUGCUAUAAUCAUCUUUAAAGUUGGGUUGGCCGUACUGAAAUACUGCCAUGACGAUCUGAUAAAGUUACCUUUCGAAAAACUCAUAUAUGCACUACGGAACUUUCCUGCGGACGCCAUGAACCCUGAUAUGUUACUACCAAUGGCUUACUCACUUAAGGUGUCCAAGAGCCUGGACGAAUCGAAGGAGGAGUACAUGAAACAAAACAAGAACCUACCGAAUGAGGUUGGACAGAAGCUGCAGCCAUCUUGAAUGAUGCCGGUGGACCCUUUCUUCACUGAAGCAGAGCAAUCUUGUAACUCAUAUAUAUCAUUCUUUUAUUCUUUCCCUGUCAAUAGUUAGUCCAGUCCUACGGGAAAACUGUACAUAUAUAUGUUGCUUUAGAUGAGCCGGUUUUCCUCGUAGAAGUUUUGGAUGAUUGAUUGAUUUAUUUGACAGUUGAACUAAACUGUCGCUCUGCAUGAUGUCUGAUGCUUAUGUAUUACUAUUUCCCUGGAUGGCGCUUGUAUUUGUGAAGUUAGGGGUGAUCAAUAAAAUUUCAACCAUCAUAACCAA